UGUUUCACGGGGAGCGCGUGUUCUCAGCAGUGGAAUGACAACAUCGCCAGUCGCGGGCCUUCUUCCCUCCGAGCUGCCCGGAAAACAUCACCCGAAAGAGGCAGGUGUCCCAGUCCUCCCAGCGUCUGGACAACUGGGUCUGCAUGAGCCACUGGGAGCAGGAGCAUCAUGGCAGAUGACAAGGACGUGCUGAGGGACGUGUGGUUCGGCCGGAUCCCCGCCUGCUUCACCCUGAACCAGGACGAGGUCACCGAGAGAGAGGCCGAGCCCUACUACCUGCUGCUGCCCAGGGUGAGCUACCUGACGCUGGUCACAGACAAAGUGAAAAAGCACUUCCUCAAAGUGAUGAAGACCGAGGACGUGGAGGAGAUGUGGUGCGAGUCUGAAGGAACGCCACUGAAAUGGCACUAUCCAAUUGGAGUUCUCUUUGACCUCCACGCCUCCAACACGGUCUUACCCUGGAACAUCACUGUGCACUUUAAAAAUUUUCCAGAUCGCGACCUCCUCCACUGUCCGUCCAACUCUGUGAUCGAGGCCCACUUCAUGUCCGGCAUCAAGGAGGCCGACGCCCUCAAGCACAAGAGCCAAGUUGUUAACGACAUGCAGAAGAAAGACCACAAGCAGCUGUGGAUGGGUCUGCAGAACGAUAAGUUUGACCAGUUCUGGGCCAUGAACAGGAAGCUGAUGGAAUAUCCCACUGAGGACGGAGGCUUCAGAUACAUCCCCUUCAGGAUAUACCUGACGAUGAGCGACAGGCCGUUCGUCCAGAGACUGUUUCGCCCCGUUUCCCCUGAAGGCAACGUGCACACGCUUGGCAACUUGCUCAAGGAAAUGUACCCAGCUGCUAUACCAAAUGAAGGUGAACCAAAGCAGAACCAGGUGGUGAUCCACGGCAUCGAGCCGCUGCUGGAGACGCCUCUGCAGUGGCUCAGCGAACACCUCAGCCACCCUGACAACUUCCUGCACAUCUGCGUUGUCCCCGUCCCCACCGACUGAGACGGCGUCCCCCCCGUCCUCGCCGUCCACCGUGAAGACACCGACCGACCGACCAGCCGCCGCCGCAGCAGCAGCCGGCCGCCGCUCCCAGGAAACGGUCCUCGCGUGAAGCGUUGGAAUCUCUGAACUAACGAGACUCUGACACGAGACGGAGAUCAGAAUGAAAAGAAAAAAGGAUGUGAAGGAGGUGUGGAACAAACCUCCUCUCACAUCUUGUUUAUUUAUAUUUCUACUCCUAUGACCACUCGGAGAAGCUGAUUUUAGGACGGGAGGAUGGAGAGAUCCUCUCUUCCUCCUCCGCUCCAGGAAACAGGAGGAGAUUCCCCGGAGUGAAGAGAUCGACGUCUAAUUUUCUACUCUGCUGUGUUUCAUCUUCACCUCCUCCUUCUCUCUUUCUUUAUGACCACACAUCCCAGGAGAGGAGAGGAGGUGAAGAGAUCCCUCCUCUUCGCUCCAUCCUGACGAAGACUGUGGGGGGGGGAGGUGGAGCGUCCACUUCCUGCUGAAGCUGCCUUAUGAAUUCUUUUAUCGUCCCUUCAGCCUCGUUCACUCUCUUCAGUUUACACCUGAGCCCGAGGAAAACGUCUCUGCUCCUUCGACUCACUCAGCUGAGGAUCCACUCUUGGUUUCGCUUUCAUGGAUUAAUGUUUAUUUUGUUUAUUGGAUUAAUGAUAAAAAAAAAAAGAGAAGAAUUGGAUCUGAACUGAACUGAUCAUCCGCCCGACAUCUGAUUUUGUAUUUGAAAGAGGAAGUUAACAAACUGUCGUCUGCUUCUGUCUCUGAAUUAACAUUUUACUGCUUCUUCCAUCUUUCAUCAUCACUUGUUCUCUCACAAUAUUUGUGUCAUAUUUCAACGUCUUGGCCACUUUAUCACUGUAUUUAAUUUACAUGUAUUGAGAUCAGAUAAAUACACAAACAGAAAUGUUCAAAUUUAACAUUUAGAUUCACAAGAUCUGGAUCAUUAUUCAGAUUUCAAUUCCUGGAAACACCCCCUGAAGGGAAUCUGCUCCCACCUGUGCACAGAGUGUGUAUGGGUUGUGUAGUUGUUGUGUCAUCCUGCAAACAGACACACAAACCGCGGUGAAGAGGAGCUGCUGUGCGGAGGCGAUCAAGUGGAACUGACCUUUAACAUGGACUGAAAUCUGCAACUUUAAGAAACUAAUACACAAAGUGAAAAUGUGUCAGAAGCAGCUUCAUGUGUUUGUUCUAGAGUUUCAUUUGAUCUGUUACUUUUGGUUUCACGUUGUAAUUUAGGGACUAAAGGAUUUGGUCUGACGUCCUGUGAUCAUCACCUACGUGGGCGGAGUCUACUUGUACUUGACUCUGAUUGGUUUGUAGAAUGCCGUGAGUAACAUCAUGAUGGUAUAACCCCCAGCCUCAGCACCUUCAGACACAGUACUCCACAAUAUUGCAGUACUCCACAAUACUACAAUACUCCACAAUACUACAGUACUCAUCUUCUUCUAUUGUUUAAUGCUGGCUCUACUUCCUGUGAUUGGUCCAAACUCUCCAACAAAGUGUUUUCACUGCAAACCAACAGACCCAGGUUCAGUUUGAUCCGGACCCAGAACUCCUCUCGGUCUGAGGAACCUUUCACACCUGAUGUUCAGCUUCACACUGGAGCUCUGAACCCAACAAGGUGUGAACGAGUCCUUCAACACUUGUUCGUUUUGAGCUGCUGUGGUUUCAGCGUCUCUGAGCAUCUUCCAUCUGUUCAUGAGGCGAAGCGGAGAUGGUGGGUCUCUCGGGGAAGAAAAACUAAAAGCUUCACACGUGGUUUCAAUAGCAGGUGUUGAUUUCUCUCCAUCAAUACAACAGCUUCACUGUCUGUUUGUUUCAGGUUCAGCUCCGGCCUCUGUCUCCGCUGCCAGACGCAAACGAGCAUCUGGUUUUGUUUCAUUUAAGAACUGAGCUGUGAUAUAAUGAGACAUCAGGAUUUAGCUUUAAGUCAGCAGGCGUCUGACAUGAGCUCGACCAGGUUUGUGGACUGAGACCAGACUGGAGGAAGGAGCCGAGGAUUAACUGGGUUUUUCCAGAUGAGAUGAGAUGAGGGAACUAAUCACAUUUUUUUUUAAGCAAAGUUUGCAUCUUGUGCUUUUUGUUUACACAUCUGUUUGUACUGAAAUAAAAUGUCAUUCAAAGCA